CAUUGGGUUGAUGGGUCGUACUUGAAACCGCCAUAACCUGAGAAAAUAAAUCAAAACCCAAAAACCCUAAACCCUGCAACUGAUAGUCCGUCGUCUCGCAUUGCGGUUCAGCAGAGAUGGAUCACAUAGCAGCCGUUGAACAGCAGAUGAUACAAGAGAGGCUAAGGCGUAAACUCAGUGAAGUCAACACUGCUGCUCAGACCUACCUCUCUCCCGUCCAAGACCACAUUAAUUUCAAUCUUCAGAAAGCGUACUUUAAGUGUGCAUAUGAGUGCUUUGAUAGGAGAAGAAGACAAGAUGAGAUAAGCACUUGUGUGGAACAUUGCAGUGUCCCAGUGGUCAAUGCGCAACAUCAUUUUGAGAAUGAGAUGGCGAAGUUUCAAGAAAAGUUAAAUAGGUCACUGAUGGUCUGCCAAGACAAGUUUGAGGCAGCAAAGCUCCAAAAGGUUGGAAGUGAUGCCGUGAAUGCUCUAGAAUCAUGUGUCGAUCAGUCAAUCGAGGAGAAUAUCAAGACGCUGCCACAUCUUGUUGGAAGAUUAAAGGCUUCCUUCUCCAUGAGCGAUUAGUUCAAGCAUUGGUCUGAACUUCUGAUAAUGUUUCUCUCUUUCGGUCAUUGUUCAACUUUCAAUAUUCUACUUAAGUUACAGUAGUCCAUAAACAUCAAAUUAUUUGAGGUUGGAAGAGAAAAAGGAAUCACAUUUGUUUGGAUUGAGAGAUCACCUCCUGAUCCUAAGUUGAACCGUUGAAGAGAAUGUCUAAUUUCUACUUAUAUUGGUGGACGGCAGUUUAUUGAUUAUUCAGAUGAUUUUUU